UAUUAAACAUAUCACAGGAAAUGCACACUUUUAGAUAAAACAGGUUUGGUUAUUUUUUUCAUUUGCUGCGUGAUUAAUCCUUACUCCUCUCUCAACAAUCCGGCGCUAAAUACUGUAUAGGAAAACAACACAGUAAUAUCGACCGAUCUCUUUCGUGUGGGGAAUGUGGUGAGCAGUGUGUUAGUACAACGUUAUCAAAUUCAACAUGACUGCUUUUUUGCCACCAAAUUUAUUAGCACUAUUCGCCGCCAGAGAUCCAAUACAGUAUCUGCCACCGGCUACCAAGCAAGGUUUUGAAAAAAGACGCGUGCCAUACGCCGGAGUUUCUGUAUUCUUAAAGGAAUUUGAGGACCCAAAAGACACCCCACCACCUACCAGGGUAGAAACAAAAGAUGAAAGAAAAGAAAGAAAGAGAAAGGAAAGAGCUGAGCAGAUUGCUUACAAGUUGGAACAGGAUCUAGCCUUGUGGGACCCUAGCAAUGCCGCCAGUGCCACUGGAGAUCCAUACAAGACACUUUUUGUGGCUCGAAUCAAUUAUGAUUCAAGUGAGUCCAAGCUACGCAGAGAAUUUGAAGUGUAUGGAUCAAUUCGAAAAAUUUCAUUGGUGUCAGACAAAACUUCAGGAAAACCAAGGGGAUAUGCAUUUAUAGAGUUUGAACAUGAGAGGGACAUGCAUUCUGCAUACAAACAUGCAGAUGGAAAGAAAAUUGACGGAAGACGUGUUUUGGUUGACGUGGAAAGAGGAAGAACAGUCAAAGGUUGGAGGCCAAGAAGAUUAGGAGGUGGGUUAGGAGGAACCAGGAAAGGUGGGCCUGAUGAAAACACUCGCUUUUCUGGACGAGACGAGUUCAGCAGUAGUUCCUACCGUGGCAGAGAGGAAUCUCCUGCCAGGGACCGCAGUCGCCGACGAAGUAGAAGUCGAGAAAGACCGGCGAGGAGAAGUCGAAGCAGAGAGAGACCGCCAAGGAGAAGCAGAAGCAGAGAUAGAGAAAGGCCCAGAAGGGAAGAGCCAGGAGAGGAAAAGGAACGCAAGAGGAGCAGAAGGAGUCGAUCAAGAGAAAGAAAAAGAAGCCGAUCUCGUGAAAGAAAGAGAACCAGAAGAAGCAGAAGUCGCGAUCGCAAGCGAGAUCGGGAAAGCAAGCGAGAUGAAGGGGCGGAUCAAGACUUUGGCGAGGACGGGGUCCCAGUUGUUAAGGAAGAGGAUGUCGACCAGUACACAGGGUACGGAGGGUACAACCCUGAGGACCAGAAUGGGGGCGAGGAAGAGGAGGGAGCCGAAAAUGAGGAGUACGAAGGGUGAAGGAUUGCAAUGGAAAUUUUUAUUUCUCCUAAUAGACUUUUCUCUCAGUAUGAUUUAUCCUAUUUCUGUACAUUGUGAAAGAUCUGUUUACUUUGCAGGAUCAUGUCACUAUUGGUCCCCACAUGUUGUCAAACAUGUUUUUUUUAAAAAGAAAUAAUGUUUUACUUGACACAGAUGUUAAUAAAUGUUAUGCCUUUGUUUGAAACAAUUAGUAUACAAUAUUAAUGUUGUUUAUUACUGUUGUCAUUUGGUUAAGUGAAAUGGCAUUGAGGGAUCAUGUAUCCAUACUCACAAAUGGGAUAGAGUGCUCACAGAGCAGAUCUUGUAUGGAGUUGACUUCAUGUGCUUGAAUAAAUUUUGGAAAAUAA